AGGUGCGUCAGUUCUCUGAUUUACAUGUAUGUAAAUAUAUGAUGUAGGUAAGGCCGUCCUGUGACCUACUCGAGUUACCUGCUAAAUUAUGACGUUACCUCUUUACUGGUGAAUACGUCUUUCUGUCGUGUGUACCCACAGAGCGUUAUUCCAUUCCAACUAGUUACCCACGACGGGCGGGCGACAGCGUGACAAUCAUGGCCAGUGAAAACCGAUACAGCAGAACAUCAUCUGCUAGUUCCUACCUCUCGGACUAUCCCCGCAACUCCAGGGCGUACCUUACCCCAGAAAGCGAACACCUGUAUUCGCACCUGGAGAACAGAGCCCCACCCACGGGAAGACGACGACUAUGUGUCUGUCAAGGAAAGGCAGCACGAAAGUCUCUCGCUAUCACGUAUGUCGUCAUCAGCUCCGUUGCCCUGGCAAUAUCUGGUUUCCUUCUCGCGAGAACCUUCCUGUGGAACCAAAACCAGAACCAGAGUCAGAUGGAGCCGUGCGCCCCGUGUACCAGCCUCCUGACGACCCCGUUUUUGGACGAAGACCCGGAUGUAAGAACACUCACUCGACAAUUCAGAAACGGGAAAGAAAUCUGCUGUGCCAACACGCCCGAGCAGUUCGUAACUUUAGUGAACAAGAUAUUCGACAGAAGAAACGAAGAAAUGAAAGUUGAAGCACAACGACAGAAAGAAAGCCGAUCAAGUGAUAGACGUUCAAACAGAAAGAUUAUUGCGGCGGCUCUUCAACUGUCUGAUUCCAGUCACACACAGAGCAGGAGAUGGUUGACUCUGAACAAUGGCCCGCUAUCGUACCUGGACGGAAUCCAUCUCAUUAAUAACCGCCUCAUCAUAGAGCAUGGCGGUCUGUACUACGUCUAUAGUCAGGUAUCCUUCAAAAUCGUCAUGGCCAACGGCGACGCGCUGCCCGAGGAACUAGACCACGGAGUCCACCGCUACAACGUCGUCCUGCCCAACAACGGCAGACAGACGCUGCUGCAGACAGCCCACACGUGCACGAUGUCGAGCAACAAGGCGGUGUAUCUUCACACGAGUUACGUGGGAGGCAUUAUCCUUCUCAACCCAAGAGACGAGAUUUUCGUCACGGUUUCCAACAGCUCUUUCAUCGACCUUGAUCCAAAAGUGAGUUUUGUCGGAGCCUUCAAAUUAGGCAGAUGAUGAUAAUGAUGGCGACGAUGAUGAUGAUUAUUAUGAUGAAGGAGAUGGAGAAGAAGAUGAUGGUGAUGUCUUUUUGCAAACGGAAGUGACGUAAACACACAACUGAUACCCUGAUAUAAUGGGUCUUGAGUUUAUUAUAUUUGAUUGCUAACACCCGCUAAUAGUCAACUGGUUCCAACACUGUGGCAUUCAUUUAAAGUUGGACACAGAAACCAAGCUAGUGAUCGUUUCGUAACUCCAAACUUUAGUGGGCUGUUUAUCAUGCACAUUUCAUCAUUUCAUUGUGGAUUGUUCAAUAUGCUCAUUUAAUCAUUUUAUUGCCAACUGUUUAUCAUGCACAUUUAAUCAUUUCAUUAUUGACUGUUUAUCAUGCACAGUUAAUCAUGUCAUUGUGGACUGUUUAUCAUGCACAUUUAAUCAUUUCAUUGUUGACUGUUUAUUAUGCACAUUUAAUCAUUUCAUUGUUGGCUGUUUAUCAUGCACAUUUAAUUGUUGACUGUUUAUCAUGCACAUUUAAUCAUUUCAUUGUUGACUGUUUAUGAUGCACAUUUAAUCAUUUUAUUGUUGGAUGUUUAUCAUGCACAUUUAAUGUACAUGUAUAUACUUUGUCAGGGGCGGACCCAGAAAUUAUUUAGGGAGGGGACAAAAGGGCAGAAGACUAUAAACUAAUUGUUAAAACAUGGGGACCCUCCAUUGUUAGGAUCCGUCCUUGUUUUGUAUUAUUACUGUUGAACUCUUGUUUUUAUUUUAAUCUGUACACAAGGUAAGACGUAAACAAAUAAUAAGUCUGUCUUUCUGCGUUGUUGCAAAACUAUGAUGGACAUAACCAGCAUUACAGUAUUGUCUACUUGUUAAAGAGAUUAAAAAUAUAUUUGUUUUA